UCUCAGUAGCAUAAUGAUUACCAUUUCUGUCCUCACGUGACCUUGGAACAAAGUAAGUCUGUUGCUUAUGCCAUUUAGGAGCAUUUUAUUUUAAAGAACUUAAUGUUUCUGUAGAAUUUUCACAUUUUACAGUUUACUUCUUACAGAACUCAUUGGAUGUCAGUUGUUAAAUAACCGUAGUCAGUUAUGGGAAGUUUGCAUCUCUAGAGAGAAUGAUUCUUAUAUGAUUCUCCACGAAAGACUGUGAUGUGGACUCCCCUUAGAUCAGCAGGCAGUUUGAUUCCAGAUCUGGUGAGCUGGAAAACCAACCUAAAAACAAAACACAAGCAUGCACCCACAAACAACUAAGAAACUCAAACUCUUAGGAAACCCUUCAUACACUCAGAUUGGAAACACUGACUCAAUCUUAAAGUGUUUAUAACAUCCAGACCCUGAUAAAAGUAAAAUGUUCAGUGUUGAUCUGAAGACAUGUCAUGAAGUUAUCUAUUUGAACGCAUGGUGGCGGUGUAGGCUAAGAGAAGGGGUAAGGACCCUUCAGAGUCCUUGGAUUCCGCUUCACCUAGAAGCUGAAGCAAAACACAGAACCAUUUGCUGCUGCGGCUAAGCGUUCCGGAGAAGAGGGGUCACCAGGAACUUGUAAGAUCAAAUCUACAAUUCCACAGCAAAGGCUUUCUGAAGGCCAAGGUUACCUCCGUGACUAAGAGCUGAAAGGGAUUAUCUUUCAAAGGGAUUUUCCUUCCGGAAUCAGACGUGACAAUAGAGAUGUCGCAAACAAAAGAGUGGAGCAAGGCCAGGCAAGUGAUGGUUUUGAUUACAUUGACGCUCUUGUGGGAGGUGGGUUCAGACUCAAUUCAGUAUGCCAUGCUGGAGGAGACAGAAAGUGGCACGUUCGUGGCCAACUUGACAAAGGACCUGGGACUGAGAGUGGGAGAGCUGGCUGCUCGGGGAGCUAGCGUGGUUUUCAAAGGGAACAGACAGUAUUUGCAGUUUGAUGCACGGACCCAGGAUUUGGUGCUAAAUGAAAGACUGGACCGGGAGGCGCUGUGUGGCUCCACGGAGCCUUGUGUGCUGCCUUUCCGGGUGUUGCUAAAAAAUCCUUUGCAGUUUUAUCAAGCGGCACUGAGAGUAAUAGAUAUAAAUGACCACAGCCCAGAGUUUCCUGCCAGAGAAAUGCUCCUUAAAAUAUCGGAGGUGACUGCCCCAGGGAAGAUAUUCCCUUUGAAAAUGGCGCAGGACCUAGACGCUGGCAGCCACGGCAUUCAAAGCUACACUGUCAGUGACAACCAUCACUUCCACGUACUCACUCGCAACCGCAGUGAUGGCAAGAAGUUUCCAGAACUGGUGUUGGACAAGGCACUGGAUCAUGAGAAACAGGCCCAGCUCAGACUAACGCUCACUGCGGUGGACGGCGGGUCUCCGCCCAGGUCAGGGACCACAGAGAUUCAAAUACUAGUAUUGGAUAUAAAUGACAACACGCCCGAAUUUGCUCAGGAGCUCUAUGAGGUGCAGGUCCCUGAGAACAACCCCAUCGGCUCACUGCUUAUUACUGUCUCAGCAAGAGAUUUAGACACAGGAUCCUUCGGGGAGGUGUCUUAUGUACUGUUUCAAGAUGAUGAUGUUAACGAGCCUUUUGAAAUAAACACAAAGACUGGAGAAAUUCGACUGAGAAGCACUUUGGAUUUUGAAGCAUUUCAGUCUUACCAUGUGGAUGUUGAGGCCAUAGAUGGUGGUGGGCUAACAGGAAAAUGCUCUUUAGUCGUUCAGGUAUUGGACGUGAAUGACAAUGCCCCGGAAGUGAUCCUAUCAUCACUCAACAGCCCCAUCCCUGAAAAUUUGCCAGGCAUCAUAGUGGCAGUAUUCAGCGUUUCAGAUGCAGACUCGGAAAAUAACCAGCAGGUUAUGUGUUCCAUAGAAGAUAAUCUUCCAUUUCUUCUAAGGCCAUCUAUGGAGAAUUUCUACACUCUGGAAACGGAUGGGGCACUAGACAGAGAGAGCAGAGCCGACUACAACAUCACCAUCACCGUCUCCGACAUGGGCUCACCCAGGCUCACAACCCAGCACUCCAUAGCAGUGCAGGUGUCCGACAUCAACGACAACGCCCCCACCUUCACCCAAUCCUCCUACACCCUGUCUGUCCGCGAGAACAACAGCCCCGCCCUGCACAUAGGCACCAUCAGAGCCACAGACUCAGACUCAGGCUCCAAUGCCCACAUCACCUACUCGCUGCUGCCAUCACAGGACCGGCAGCUGGCCCUCAACUCUCUAGUCUCCAUCAAUGCAGAUAACGGGCAGCUGUUCGCACUCAGAGCGCUGGACUAUGAGGUCCUGCAGAGCUUUGAGUUCCUUGUGGGAGCCACAGACCAAGGCUCUCCAGCUCUCAGCAGCCAGGCGCUGGUGCGCGUGCUGGUGCUGGAUGACAAUGACAAUGCGCCCUUCGUGCUCUACCCUCUGCAGAACGCCUCUGCGCCCUGCACUGAGCUGCUGCCCAGGGCGGCAGAGCCCGGCUACCUGGUCACCAAGGUGGUGGCAGUGGACCGUGACUCUGGCCAGAACGCCUGGCUGUCAUUCCAGCUGCUCAAGGCCACGGAGCCAGGGCUGUUCAGCGUGUGGGCGCACAAUGGUGAGGUGCGCACCACCAGGCUGCUGAGUGAGCGCGAUGCCCCCAAGCACAGGCUGCUGCUGCUGGUCAGGGACAAUGGCGAUCCUCAGCGCUCUGCCAGUGUCACUCUGCAUGUACUGCUGGUGGAUGGCUUCUCCCAGCCCUACCUGCCUCUGCCAGAGGUGGCGCGCGACCCAGAGCAAGAAGAGGACUCACUAACACUCUACCUGGUCAUCGCCUUGGCGUCUGUGUCUUCGCUCUUCCUCCUUUCUGUGCUGCUGUUCGUGGGAUUGAGGCUGUGCAGGAGGGCCAGGGCGGCCUCUCUGGGUGUCUGCUCUGUGCCUGAGGGACACUUUCCUGGCCACCUGGUGGACGUCAGCGGCGCUGGGACUCUGUCCCAGAGCUACCAGUAUGAGGUGUGUCUGAGGGGAGACUCUGGGACUGGUGAGUUCGAAUUUCUAAAGGUAAUUAACCCCUACUUCCCUCCUUUGGAAUCUGAGGUGAAAAUAGAGAAAAGUCCUACCCUUCGGAAUAGCUUUUCAUUCAUCUAAAUACUGCAGUGUUGUAGUAAAUUCUGUUUAAGCUUAGAAAUAUCUUUAACCUGACUCUUCAUGCAACUGGUGUAUAUUGGCAGAUGCUUACAGUAUUUGCUUUUAUAAUGGUUCCUGGAACUUUAUGUAAUAGUGUCUCCUGCAUGUUAGGCAAACUCAACAACUGAGCUAAACUGCCAACUCUUUUUUGCUAUUUAUUUUAUUUAGUUUUUGUGGGUUUGGUUUCUGAGGCAGGGUUUCUUCACAUAGCCCUAGCUGUCCUGGAACUUUCUCUAUAGACCAGGCUGGCCUCGAACUCACAGAGAUUCACAGGCCUCUGCCUCCUGAGUGCUGCGAUUAAAGGCAUGUACCACCACAGUCUCACCAGUGGAGCCUGGGUUGGUCUGGCUCUCAUUAUGUAGACCUGGCUGGUCAGGUUUAAACAAGUGAUUAAAUUCAUUUUACUGAAUGUGACUAUUUGAUAUUACUGAAUUUUGCCAAUUUCUGCUUGGUGAUAACAUUAUCAUGUGCACCUCUAAAUAUAAAAGCAAGGAAUUCUAAAUGCUAAGACACAUACCUUCUCUAUGCAUCAUUGGCAGUGUUCCGGCAUGUCUUAAUAAUCAACACAUAUUUCUUGAGUACAGAUUUUACUGAACUUUCAACCCAUUGAGUUAUAGUUUCUGAGCCUCAUAUAAGAGCAGUAUGGUCUCUCACCAUCAAGAUGUUUACAAAUGUUGAAUAAAUAUUUGCUGGCUCUUAUGACCAUCCAGUAGUCCUUUUUUUUUUUUAAAAAAAAAAAAGAUACUACAAAGAAAUGCUAAUAUUCUUUCUACAGCAAUUUGCCUUUGCCAAUGAAUGAAGGUUUUAUUUUGAUUUUAUUUUAAGUUCAAUUACCUGAAAUUUUAAACAUUUGCAUUUCGUAAGGCUAUCUUCUUUCCUUCAAUCCAGAAAAGAUCUUUCUGCUCGUUCUAAAUUCUAUUGUUGAGAAUAAAAAUCAGGAGAGCACAUUCUAUCUUGCUUUUGUCUGACAGUUUGAGAGUUCAAAGUUAUUUUGUUCAUAAAUAUAAAUCCAAAUUAUAUUUUCCAAACUUCUUUUCCUUUCUCAAGUAACUUUAUUUUCUCCUCUAAUGUUCUAUGACUAUCAUUUAUUAACUACAAAGUAAUUUGUAGCCACAGUCUUUUUUUGUAGGUAUAGUUGCCAUAUUGUAUGAAUUUUUUCAAAUUUCUAUCAAAGGAAUACAAUUAUAUUAAGGUGAUGCAUGAAUAUUUUACUUUUAACCUUAAUUAAAGUGAACUAUAAUGAGCAAAGGAAGCAUUUACUAUUUGGGAUUCUGGGAAACUUUCUUUGUCUUUUGAAAUCUAUUUUUUUUUUUCUUGAGGGGGGAUUUGCUUCUUUAGCUCCAACCAUACAGUUGUUGUUAGAACUUCAAUGUUUUUCCAUUAUGCAGUUUCCAUAGCCCCAAACUUGUGUUCUGCCUGGUCCCCUACCAGAGGCAUGUAGGUCAAACCCUUCCCCAGAAGGAUCAUAUUUUUACAUCUUUGACUUCAUUAUCUUCUUCGUAGUUGUAGAAAAGACCGUUGAACUCUGAGCGAGUACUUAUAAAGCAAGUGACCAUCUCCAGUCAGUUUUAGUGGUCACCACAUAUAGUGCACGUAUGAAGGAAACUUCCGAAGAACAUAUAUCCCAGAGACUGAAACAAACAAACAAACAAACAAAUCACCUUUUAGUUUCCCUUCAGGAGUUAUAGGCACAUUGCCAUUUGGAAGUUAGAAACUGUAUUUUAAAAUAAUAUUUAGUAUAAAAUAGCAUUUUUAUAAUAAAAUAAAAACUUUUCCAAUAGACAAAAAUCGUGUUUCCUUCGUGGUGCUAUGGUAAAAAACUAAACGAAUAUCUGUACAAAU